AUUUGUGUGAAUGAGAGGAACAGCAGUGCUGAUUGAUGCCGUGAAGGGAAACGGCGGCUCAGCAGGAAGAACAAUGGUUCUAUUGGAUGUUCAUGUGAUGUAACCCACUUGGCCUGUACUUGGUGGUACAGGGUUUGGACAGAAGAACAUCUCUUUGUUCUCCUUCAUUCUGUCUCGUAUGUACAGUGGUGGUGGUCAGGUUCAGGUCUGAGGAGCAGUGCUGGACCGUCUCCUCUGCAGGAGGAGGAAUCACCAGGAGGAGCAUGGAGCAGAGAAGGUGAUGAAGAGAUCGUAGCUGAGCUUCGUUUAUGACCAACAUGAGCUGGAGUUUCCUCACCCGUCUGCUGGAGGAGAUCCACAACCACUCCACGUUCGUGGGGAAAGUGUGGCUGACGGUCCUCAUCGUGUUCCGCAUCGUGCUGACGGCGGUGGGCGGAGAGUCCAUCUACUCAGACGAGCAGUCCAAGUUCAUCUGCAACACCAAGCAGCCUGGCUGCGACAACGUCUGCUACGACUCGUUCGCCCCGCUCUCGCACGUCCGCUUCUGGGUCUUCCAGAUCAUCAUGAUCUCCACCCCGUCCGUCAUGUACCUCGGAUACGCCAUCCACAAAAUCGCCCGUUCCUCCAAGCAUGACGAGGAGAAGACAAAGAAGAGGCACAGGAAGAACCUCAGGAGCAGAUGGAAGGAUGUGGAUCGGACGGAGGAAGAAGACGACGAUGAUGACUGUGAUGACAUGGAACCGAUGAUGUACAGCGAUGUGCUGGAGCUUCAGGAAGCCAAAACGGAGACGGAGAAGAACCCGAAAAUAGAUGCCACGAAGCACGACGGCCGUCGCAGGAUCAUGCAAGAAGGUCUGAUGAGGAUUUACGUCCUCCAGCUCAUAUCUCGUGCCAUUUUCGAGGUCUUCUUCCUGGUGGGUCAGUACCUGUUGUACGGAUUCCGCGUCAAUCCCUCGUACGUGUGCAAUGAAAUUCCCUGUCCUCAUCAAGUCGACUGCUUCGUGUCUCGUCCCACCGAGAAAACCAUCUUCCUGCUCGUCAUGUACGUGGUGAGCUGCCUCUGUUUGCUGCUCAACAUCUGUGAGAUGUUCCACCUCGGCAUUGGCGCAUUGCGAGACAUGCUCAGAAAACGCCGGAUCCGAAACCGGAGUCUUCGCUCCUGCGCCUUUCCAUAUUCUCGUAAUAUUCCGGCUUCACCUCCCGGAUACAACUUUGUGGUUAAAUCGGAGAAAACAGGCCACCAGAACCAAAACGGAGUCCUCUCUCAUCAACAGAAUCAGAACAGCAUCCUCGCUAAUCAACAGAACCACAACGGCAUCAUCUCACACCACCAGAACCAGGACCAGGAUCAGAACUAUGCCAGUCCGGAUGAAAAUGUCCCGCCGGACCUGGCAAGUUUACACCAUCAUCUGCGUGUGGCACAGGAGCAGCUGGACAUGGCGUUUAGGACCUACAGCGCCAAAAGCACUCCCAUGUCCAGAACCAGCAGCCCAGCGUCGGAGCAGAACCGGGUCAACUCGGAACAGGAGAGACAGGGAGCGAGGCCCAAAGCUGAUCCGGGGAGAACUGGGACUAUAGUGAGGAACGGGAAAACUUCUGUGUGGAUUUAGAUCCCAACACUGACCAUAAACUCUUAAUAAACAUUAUUAUUAUUGUUAUUAUUGUUAUUAUUGUUGUUGACUGAAAUCCUCGGUGCAGGAACCGGGUUAUAAAUAUCGAGUCGGAAUCUCUGUAAAAUCUCUCAGUGUUUUGCUCUAAACACCUCAGAAUAGUGUUGAGUGUGAAUCCCGUGUGAAAAUCCCGGAAUGAUUAUUAAUAAACUAACUUUACUUAAACAUAAACAUUUUCAGACACUCUGAACUAACGAACAAAAAAUUAAAGAUAAUAAACACAGUGUCGCAUCACAUCCUGUAAAAAAAAAAAAGUGUUUAAAAUUUAAUCAGAAAAUAACUGAAUUUAAAAAAAAUUUAAAUAAAAGCCACAUAAGACAUCGAGAGACAAUAAUAAAGAUAAUAAUAAUGUACAUAUCGAAUAUUAUGGAAUUAAAUUUGUGCCAAAAGUAUUGAACGUAACUUUUCAAGAAAUGAACAAAAAAAAAUACAAUGAGAAAGAAGAAAACCACUUUUCGUUUACGCUUCGCGAGUUUACGUUCGCAAUUCUGGCACAAUCUUCUCAUGUGGGCGGGGCUUAACAGUGAUUUCCUUCCAUUGGUUAGUGAGAUUUGGAUGGACAGAUCCCUGACCUGGAAGUAGAGACUUCAGUGGUGUGAAUUUUGGAGAACGUUCUGGAUGCGGUUCUCUGUGUAGUUUCAGUGUUUGUACUUUGUAGUGGAGAUUAUUUACUUACUUAGUUAGUAUAUUAUUUUGUAAUUAAUAUUUGAGGUUUAGGUAAUCGCGUAUGACUAUUUUUUCGAGAUCAGCUCUCAGGAGCGGCACAGAACGGCGUCAUCCUCCUCCUCCUCACCUGGACACUCGAGCUGACGAUCCAAAUCUCAGUAACCAAUGAGAGUAAAUCGCUGUUAAGCCCUGCCCACAUGAGAAGACUGUGCCAGAAUGGCGAACGUAAACGAAAACUCUGGCAUAAACUCUUCAUAAACCAUGAUUAGCGAAAAGGAAGUUUAGAACACUGUUAAUAAAGAGAACGCUGUUUAUUUGAAGACCGUGUAAAAUUUUUGCCCCUGAGUUCACUGUUUUCAAUAUCAGAGAGUUUUUCUUCUCUUCUUUUGGCACAAAUCUAAUUAUAUAGAAUAUCAGGUUUAUGCUUAUUUAUAUUUAUAUGAUUGGUGAAAUAACUGGCUAUUGGAUUUGGGUUAAUUGUCUCAUUUUAGCUCAAAUUCGGUGUGUCUUAUUUAUGUUAUACACACACCUACAUGUCAGUAUAUACUGAAAUAAAUCUCUUUAUUAAUACUCAGUACUGUGCAAAAGUCUUAGUCACAUGUAAAGAAAUGCUGUAGAGUAAAGACGCCUUCAAAAAUAAUGAAAUUAAAUGUUUCUACAUUAAAAAAAUCCUAUAAAGAGCAGUAAACAGUAAUAAAUGAAACAAAGUCAGUAUUUAAUGUGACGAUCCUUCACUUUAAAUAAAAUAAAUCAGUAUCUGAGGUGCAGUGUGUGCAGUUUUAUAAGGAAAUGAGCUGGAAGUGUUACUGAGCAUCUUGCAGAAGCAGCCACAGUUCUUCUGGAGACUUUGACUGUCGACUCGCUUCUUAUUUCUGCAGCGAAACCCAGCAGCCUUCAUUAUGUUUUUAUCUGAAAAGUGUCUCUUAUGGAAUCUGCUGCUUUCUUUACUGACAUACAAACAUUUUUCUGUAACAUUUCAUUUUGUGCUGGAAAACUAAUGUUUGGAAUCUAAAAUGUUUUUGUACUGAAUCAAUAAUGUAGAAGUCAGAAAAUAAACAUCUAUAACAAAGUUUGUACUAAAAAGAAUAGAGUGCCAAGACUUUUGCACAGUACUGUAGUUCAUGCACACCCUGAUUGUAACAUUGCACUUUUCUGGAAAAUGGUGAACACGGCUCUAUGAAAUGCUAAUAUCCUACUAAACACCGCUGUAACGCUGCGCUAGCAAUAACUGUGAUGUCACAAAACAACCGCUAACUCAUCACAGGAAUAAUGAACAUACUUCAGCAAGCAACAGAUUAGCACCAGGAUCAAUGAACACAUCAUAAAUAUUUCAAUGUGAACAUUUUUAAUGUGCAUCAGGCUGGAGUUUAACUUGAAAUGUGAUCGAUUUGGUGCUUUGGAAUGAGCCCAGCCCACUGACACGCCCACUACGGUACGUCCCAACACGUCAACGUCAUGAUGCUUUAAAUCAGUCAGUGGUGUGGUGGAGUUUCUGAUUCGUUAAACAUAAAUAAAUUACUGUAUCUCUGUACAUAUGGUUAAUGCUGUAAAUAAAGUAACCAAUAAGCAUGCAGUUCCUAAUAUUAUAUAGUAUCUUUUCCAUAACUAGAAUUUUUCAGUGUUGACAUUUCGGACGUAGUGCGUGUAAAAUCGUAGUUUUACUGACGUGUCAGUUUUAGUGAAAAGCAAUAGUAAUAAUAAUAACGUUACAUUUAAUUAACACCACCAUUGUCUUGUAUAGUUGUAGUUUACGAUAUUCUGACUGUUAUCAUGUUUCUCCAUGUUUACGAUAUUCUGACUGUUAUCAUGUUUCUGCAUGUUUAACACUUAUUCACAUAUUCAGACCCUUUAGAUUUUACGUAGAGUUUACGUUCUACUAUAUUAAGCGUAAACAACGGUAUUGCGAUGUAUCGUAUAAAUGAUUAUCAGCGCAUGACUGUGGUAUAGAUUUGUUCUCGUCACGCUCAGUUUAACUCUCUGGAAGAGAUAAAGAGAAAUUAACCAGCUGUGUUGUGUGUGUAAAUAUCUUGUAUUUAUUUUUUGUUAUAGUUGAAACUUGCACUAUGUUACUGAGAGAAAAAAAGAUCUAACAGUGUAAAUAAACCUCGAGAGAUUUGUGACCUUAAAAAAAGUGACGGUUUUGGAAAAUUAACCUAAGCACAUAUUUUAACUCAAAAUGUUAUUUGAAUUUUGAAAAUAAGAGCGUAAUUGUAACACGGACACAAUGCUACUUAGGUAUGUCUGCUAAUAACAUGGCUAGCUAGCAAAGUUAGCAAUCUGGCUAUGCUAACCUAGCUAAUUUAGCAUCAGUAUUUAUGACUAGCUGACUAGCCCUUUAAAGACUUUAUUUUAUUUCAUAUUUAAUUUUUUUUUUUUAGAAUAACAGCAGCUAAACACCAGCUACUCUUCUAACAACUGCUCACUCAGCUAGCAGCUCUAACCAGCAAUAUUCAGUAUUAUAUAGAGCUAUUAGCUGGCUAGUCCAUUUAGCUAACAUAUCCCAUAGAAAUCUUAUUUAACAGCUAGCUAACGUGACACAGCUAGCUUUAGUUGUUUAAUUUUAGACAGAUUUUAGGAGGGAUGACAUUUAAAGUCUUACAGAAACGUUUGUUUCCUGUUCUGUGCAAAUAGAAGUGAAUUAAAAUGGCGCCUAUGCAAUGUUUUCUACUGACAUGAGAAAAAAACAACAACUCUGAGGCUAUGCAAAAUGCACAUUGUUAUGCUAAUUGUAAAAAAUAUAUGAAUCUUUUCCCCAGAUGUGCCUUACGACCGUAACUGUGAUGUGUAAUUUAAAAUGAAUAAUAAAUGUACGAUGACCGUAA